UUAGGUGGAAUAUAGAAGAAUUUCUCCAUCCGUGUACCGUGUGCGCACUCGAAAUUUUGGCCUUUUUUCUUGUCGAGCUGUCUCGCACAAUCACCUGAUUGGCUGCGUAUAUCUUGGCUGCAUUCUGAGUCGGUGACGUUGUAGGUAAUAUGAUGAUAAACUUGUAUUGGAAUUGUCAUCGAGAGAUUCAUCUAAUAGUAAGUGUUUAGUGCUGAAGUUCAUCGGAAGUAUAUAUAGUCACAGAGAAAGAGUGUAGAAACGUAAGGAAGUAUUUGGGGUACAUACAGUAAACGCUUGCUAAAGAGAGAAAUAACAUAGUAAUACAGUGGUGUACAUUAAGGAAUCCACCAGAUAUUUGAGACCGUAACCCGUUGACAACAGCGCUGCCUUGGUUUAUGUAAGUUGUCGGUAGUUGUAGAUAUCGCAGUUGUACGUUUCAAAAUGGCACGAACAUUCGUGAUUAUAUUGCUGUUGGUGUUAUUCACGAUGGUUGAGUGGAGCUUAUCACAACAUAACUCUGGUGUACUUAUAUCCUGCCAAGAUACACAAAUCUUGAAUGGGUCGCGGAACUACACAGCUGCUCACAAAUCAUUAAGAUCGAAUGAUAAUCUUUCCAUUUGCGUUCUCAAUGCCACGACAUGUUGUACACGACCUCUUAGAGAAGAUAGGCUUCACAAGACUGCUCAAAAAGAUGUCCGAAACUUAUAUCGAGCAAAAACAGACUUCAUCAAAAAAAUCUUCAGAAAUGCUGAAAAAGAAUUGAAAGCUCACUUUCAAGACUGUAUUAAAAGGUCUGAAACCGUACUUGUGAAACAGCUGAUGAACAAAUAUCGAAGUGUGUACGUAAACAAUUCGUACAUCACUAAAGAUUUCUACGAGAAACUUAUGGCGCAUUAUCGUUUUGGAAUGUACGAAAUUCAUGACAUUGUACAUGAUCUUUUCAAAAAGGUUUUUCUAACAAUGUACGGCUUACUCAAGUCACCACAGCCAACAAAUUCCGAAAGGAAAUGUGCAUCAACUUACUACGAUAAAGAAAAACCUUUCGGAGACGCACCCAGGCAGAUAAUUCCUCGGCUAAAAAGGUCUAUAAUUGCAGCUAGAACAUACUUGAACGCUAUACGUGUUGGUAAAACGAUCGUUGAAAACUUGGGCGACGACAAAUGGUUGAAUGGGAAAUGUAUUCGAUCCACGACAAAUAUGAUUCAAUGCUCCAUGUGUCCUGGCUACAGUAGUAUAAAACCAUGUCCGUGGAGUUGCAGGAAAGUGUUCCUUCGAUGCUUAUCACCUUUCAACCAAUUAAAACAUGAAUGGAACAAGUAUCUUGCCUCCUUGAAAAAUCUUGGCUUUGUGCUUACAAAUAGAUACAGUUUAGAUGACGUCUUCUCAGAGCUACCAGGCGAUAUUGACGAGGCCAUAUCCCAUGGGUAUAGUGCACUGUUAGGAAAAGCCGCGGAGAUCAGUACCAAAUACUGCCAAACCACCAAGAAGCAAAGACGGUCGACAGUAACGUCUGAUAACGACGAUUUCAUCUUUGUCAACAAUGUUGAAGGGAGAAGAGUUGUAAGACGUGCAUUGAAGGGAAAAGGAAACAAAUUAACCAUUAGUAGUUUAUUGAAGAAAUAUGACAGUCAUUUUUCAAAGUUCGUGUCCUUCUGGAGUACGCUUCCUUCAUCGAUGUGCGACAAAACUAUUGUGGCAAGUAUUGGCAGCAAGCAAUGUUGGAAUGACACCCAGCUGGUUGUUGAUAACACGGCCAUUUUGGGACACAACGAUUCAUACGCAAACGAAGAAAACGGCGGAGAAAACAAUGCAGAAAUUAGAAAAAUGAUAAGAGAACUUGAGUCAAUAAUUCUACAGAUGAAAACAGCCAUUAAUGGCAGAGACGUCAACAAUGAGAACGACGAGGAAUUAAAUGGGGGCAGCGGAAGCGGAAGUGGAAAUGCUUCUGGAGAAAGUAGCGGCGAAGAAGAUGACGAGGGUGAUGGGGGAAAUUCAUCAACGGACGAAUCUUUUAAAACUACAACACAAUCAAAUGAAGAUGAUAGAGUUGAAAGUGUGUUUCUUAGGACGGAUCCUCCUGAUAAUUCAGGAAAUGGCUAUGGAGCAAGUUUUAAUGACGUAACUUCGUGGUUUCAACUUUUAAUACCAGUAAUCAUGCUAUUUUUCUAAGCGAUGACUGAAGUUUACUUGGAGUACGAGAAUAUGUUGGAGACAUAAAGAUUGUUAUCAAUGCAUGAAUUGAGAAGUGAAUGAUUAAGUUUUGUGUUCCACGAUUUGGUUCGUGGGAAAGAAAUAUAACUGAAGAAAUAUUGUUUAGGUAAUAUAUGACGAAACGUUCCUUGAGAAAAUAGAGAGUGAGAGAUCUUUUGGUUAUAUAAAUCAACCUAAAAUUUUUCGCAUGCCAAACACAUUAGAAACAAAAGAUAAUUAGGAGUUUGAGCUCGUGAUACUUUCAUUUGGCACACGAAAAAUUCGUACGAAGCUGGACUUAAAAUAUUUCAGCCAUUUUGAAGCAAAUUGAGGAAAAAAUUUACAUUAUCACAUGGUUGGAACAUUAAUUAAUGCAAUCAUUUCUAUCUAUGCGUGUUUGUGUUAUCUUUUAAUUCUGGAAAUUGAACUAUUUGAUUUACAAAGAUUGAAGUCAAAAAUAUUUUACUUUGGGUUGCGUGGCAUUAUUUUUCGUCAUAAUUUUCCAAGCUCACACAUCGCUCAACCAACGAUUUCUGGUUUGAGAUAAUAUAAAUGGGCCUUUCAAAUUCCCCUACUUUCCUUCUAACAACGUGCUUUCAUUCUCUAGUUUUUUAUUGAUACAUAAGUGAAGUUUGCUAUUUCAUGUAACUAGCUAUGUACAGAUGAUAUAAAAAUAUAAUAUAUAAAUGAAA